AUGGACGGCCUCUCAGUAGCCGCAUCCUGCAUUGCUGUAAUCCAAGCUGCUGAUCAAACCUACAAGAUCAUAUCGCAAUUUAGAAGAGAUUGCAAAGACGCGAAGAGUGACUCGGUCGCUGUGAGCCAAGAGUUGUCCACCUUGAUAAGAACUCUCACACAGCUGAAGGAUUUGGUGCCCGAUGGUAGUGACUUCGCGAAUAGUGACUUGGCCAACAAUACUAAGAGAGACAUCCAAAAUAUUGUUUCAAGCUGCUUGGUAGUGGCUAGCGAUAUAGAGGAUGUUCUGUCGGGCCACGAAGGAAAGUUGGCUGCACUCAGUUGGGCCACCAGAGGCAAGCGAAAAGUCGCGACAUCCAAAGUGCUUUUUGGAAACGAAUCGUCGAGCUCUCAGUCUGGCUGUCGAUACCAUUACGCUGUUACCACUGCCCAGAAUAUCAAGCAGGAUACAGCCAAUAUUCUAGAUGAUACUACGCAUAUGAGAGGUGAUAUUUACGACUUGGUCGUGAGGAUCAGAAACCUCGAGGCGAUGGUUGCAGACAAAGACCCCGAUGAUCCGCGAAAAUAUGUACUGAUGCGUUAUCUCAACGAUUUAUCCUCCGUUGCUGCGUCUGUAUGUGAUAUGUCGUCAAGGCCUGCGACCCCUGAGUCAGACACCAGCGAGUCGAUUCUGGAUGUUUGGAGACAGCAGCACUGGCGAAUGGACAAGGCAGAUGGGCUGCCCAGAUCCUUUCACACGCCAUGCUGCAUUCUCCCGCUCUCCCCCAAUUGGGCACUAUUUGUCCAGCAGACCGGCGGCGACGGAGCUUCCAUCGUCAAGGUAGUCAAAACAACUGACCCUGAAGGAAAGCCAAAGCUCGUGUGCAAAAGUGGGUUUCUUCCUCAAAGCAGAGAAGUCAAGAAAGGACUUUUCACGUUCUCGCACAUGGACCAAACUAUCACUACCAUUCGACACGUUGAGCGUUCCGCAAUCUUGUACACUUGGAAGCUCCAUGGGGAUUGGUUCACAGAUGCCGAUGUGACGAGGCAGGCACAGGAGCCUAGAAGGCUUCUCCUACCAGAAUAA